GGUUCAUUGUCAGUUAGGGGCGCUUCCCUGUAUGAGCGCGGUCUGGAGCGAGUGGAUUGUCUCAUUUUGCCGGUGAUUUCUUUUUUAUUUUUUCGUAGCGUCAUUCUGGGGCUGAAUGGCGUGGGACAGGUGUAAUCAGGAUUCGGUGUGGAGAGAACUAGAGUGUGCUGCCUUGGUUGGUGAAGAUCAGCCCCUUUGCCCUGACCUGCCUGAGCUUGACCUCUCUGAGCUGGAUGUCAGUGACCUCGAUGCAGAUAGUUUUCUGGGUGGACUCAAGUGGUACAGCGACCAAUCAGAAAUAAUUUCCAGUCAGUAUGGCAAUGAAGCAUCAAAUUUCUUUGAGAAGAUAGAUGAGGAAAAUGAGGCCAACUUGCUGGCAGUGCUCACAGAGACCCUGGACAGUAUCCCAGUGGAUGAGGACGGGUUGCCUUCGUUCGAGGCUCUGGCUGAUGGGGACGUGACCAAUGCCAGUGAUCAGAGCUGUCCUUCCACCCCCGACGGCUCGCCACGCACCCCAGAGCCAGAGGAGCCUUCCCUGCUGAAGAAGCUCUUACUGGCGCCUGCUAACUCCCAACUCAGCUAUAAUCAAUACCCAGGUGGCAAGGCACAGAACCAUGCAGCCAGCAACCAGCGGAUCAGACCAACACCUGCUGUUGCCAAGACAGAAAACCCCUGGAACAGCAAACCUCAAGGGUCCUGUCCCAGCCGCUCCGUAAGACGCCCUUGCACUGAGCUGCUCAAGUACCUCACCUCUAGCAACGACGCCUUCCAAACCAAAGCCAGAGAAGCCAAGAGCACCUGGGCAGGCUGCAGCAAGGACAGGAGAGGGACUUGCACCUCAUCGUCCUCCUCUCCAUCAUCCUCAUCCACCUCCUCUUUCUCCUCUCUGUCUUCCUGCUCCUCCUCCACUGCCUCCAAAAAGAAGACGUCCUCUGCCUCCCUGUCAUCACAGCAGCAGCAGCUGGCAGUGCAAGCCCAGCGAGCCAAACCAACCAUCUUGCCACUUCCUUUGACCCCAGAGUCUCCAAAUGACAACAAGGGACCUCCGUUUGAGAACAAAACCAUUGAACGCACAUUGAGUGUGGAGAUCUCUGGAACCCCAGGUUUGACACCACCUACCACACCUCCUCACAAAGCCAGUCAAGAGAACCCUUUCAAAGUAUCACUCAAAAACAAGCUGUCUUCAUGCUCAUCCUCUGCCCUGUCAAGCAAAAGGCCCAGGCUGAGCAAUGAGGGCUUUUACCCUCAGCCAACCAGUGGCUCUAUUUGGAAAGUCCCAGAGCAGACUGAGCUCUAUGCCCAGUUGAGCAAGGCAUCCUCCACAAUGCCCCUAGGGUGCUUGGAGGAGCGUUGUGGCAAGCAACCCAUUCCUCGUGUCUUUGCCGAUCAUGACUAUUGCCAGUCUACAAGCACAAAACGAGACAGCACUACUACCACGUCUGCAGCGGUAUCUGGGCCAAUGGAGGACCGGCAUUUAGAAUGUAAAGACUCAAACAUGCCGACCUCCUCUACUACUGCAUCGUCUUUGUCUUCCACCUCCCUUUCGUCUUCCUCUCUGGCCUGGCAGCUUCAGGGCCUUUCACCCACAGCUCAGGAGGCUCGUCCGGACAUGGAUGCUCUUAGACAGGACCACAACUCCACAUCAGGCUCCAAAAAUUCAUUAGAUUGCACUUCUGCUGGUAGGAAACUACUUGGGGACCAGAAGAUCCGGGAAGAGCUCAACAAGCACUUUGGAAACCCUCAGCAAGCCUUCUUUAGUGAGAAAGAGGGAGAGCAGAGAGGAACCCAGCUGCUAGAGAACAGUGACUCUGUGGAUGAAUACUCUGGCCUUCUCUGGGACUACAUUCACCCAGGUCUGUCUGACUUUGAGGAUCUGGAGGUAGGCCGUGAGCACCUACUUGGCUUGGGGGAAAGUUCUCCACAGGAUCUCUCGCCCUGUAGUUCCCCUUCCAGCAGUUCCUUCUCAUGGAGCUCUGUCUCACCUCCGUCCACUCAGCUGACCCCAUGCAGGACACACACCCGCUCCCGUUCUUCAUCUCACUGCAGAUGCAGAUCCCUCUCCAGGUUUCCAUACUCCCGCUCUGAGUCUCCUGACAGCCAUUCUCCCUCUUGGCCUUCAGACAAUAUGGAUAAUAUCACUUUUAUUUCCAGGAUUUAUAGAAGCCCUCAAUCACACUCCAUUUUUGGUCGGAGGCCCAGGUACGAGAGCUAUGAGGAAUAUCAGCACGAGUGCCUAAAGCGGGAAGAGUAUCGAUGCAACUAUGAGAAGCGGGAGUGUGAGAGGGCUGAGCAGAGGGAGAGACAGUGGCAAAAAGCAAUAGAGGAGAGGCGAGUGGUGUAUGUGGGAUGUCUUCGUGCCGACAGCUCACGCACCGAGCUCAUUCGCCGCUUUGAAGUCUUUGGCGAGAUCGAGGAGUGCACAGUCAACUUGAGACAUGACGGGGACAAUUUUGGCUUCAUCACCUACCGCUACACUUGUGACGCACUUGCUGCCCUUGAGAAUGGACACACCUUGCGCUGGUCAAAUGAGCCCCACUUUGAGCUCUGCCUUGGUGGACAAAAGCAGUUCAGUAAAUCGAAUUACACAGACUUAGAUUCCAAUUCUGAUGACUUUGAUCCAGCCUCCACUAAAAGCAAAUAUGACUCCAUGGAUUUUGACAGCUUGCUACGAGAGGCCCAGUACAGCCUGAGAAGGUAAUGAGCACCAUAGCACCGGCUGGCUACAAAGAGAGGGAUUUGCAAUACCUCACUGUUGUUUCUGUUCUUUCAAAACAAGACUACCAGAAGUUUUACACUUUAUAAAAGUGAGACAAAUAAAUGUGUAUGAAAAAAAGUUAUACGUAUAUAAAGGAAUAUAUAUGUGUACCUGCAAGCAAAGUUUACAUGAACCUAGCUGCUGCAAAGCUGAGGAGAGAUAUUACCUUUGGGAAUAGCCAGUGGAGUAGUCUAGUGGACACUACUUCUGUGGACUACUCCGAUCUGUGUGUGUGUGUGUGUGUGUGCUGUACUGCUGCAUGAGGCUCUGAAAGAGACAUAUCUUCAUCAGAGUUUGCUCCACACACCACAUCACCCUCAGCGCUUUUGAGAGGUGAAAAUUGCAGCUUGUUCAGUCUGUUUUUAUCGUUUGGAGUUUAUUUUUGUGGUUUUUUUUAUCUGGUGUUUGGAUGUGGUUACAUUAUUGAUAAGGGUUUGGGGAAAUUUCUUGGAUGUUCAAGGUAACAUUGUCUACAUUUAUUGUGGAAGAAAAAUGUAGUCAACUAUUUACAGAUAUUAUUAAAAAUAAUAUUUUUAUUUCAUGUGCAUAUCAGCGUUGUUUGUUUGUUACAGCUAUGCACUGUAAAAUUCAGCCUUUUUAAGAUGAAAUUUUCUUAAUUGAGAAUGUUGAUCAGUAGUCAUUACAAUGAUGUAUAACCUACAUGGCAUUUAGAUGAUUGUAAAAAUAUGUAUGGAGAUUUAUUGCUCUUUUUAGGGGGCAUGCAACAGAUUUUUUCUCUAUUUUUCCUUUGUUCUUUUGUUCUUUUUCUUUUUUUUUAACUCCGUGUGCAGUUUCAUCCGAUUUUAAAGUUAAUGACUCAGUGUUUUGCUUAUACAUGCAGUGUAAGAUAGAUUGUCAUGGGUUUAUGUUCACAAUUGUAUAAAAAAAAGAUAAGCCCCAAGAUAUUUUUUUAUCCUUUAUGUCUGAAGGAAUCAAUAGCUUUUAUUUAAUUUCACUGUGCACACGAAUCAUUGUUAUUGUUCAUGUUUGAUAUUACACUUUGACAAAGAGAUGACUAACACAGAGUAACUCAUGCUUAUUUAUGUAUUUAUCUCAGUAUUCUAAUCAAAAUAUUUAUGGCUGCCAUCUCACAUGAUGCGCCUUACAAAUUUUUGCUAUUUAUAUUCUUUGUUAUUCAACAAUCACUGGAAAGGAUGUAAAUUAAAUGUUCUAAGAAAUUAUUGUUUUUAUAUGCCUUCAGAGAUAGAAAAAAAUAUUGUAUGAUCACUUUUUUAGGCUCAUUGUGAACUUUGCUGCUCCAAACUCAAGUGAUUUAUGUGUCCACUUGUUUUCCAGCUCUAAAACACUUCCAUACCCAUUUUUCAUCUCUUUUUUUAUUACAUGAAGCAAUAAAAUUAUUUUGCAGGUAUUUUGUUGUACCACAGAGAAUCUGUCUUUGCUCCACACUUUUUGAUUAUGUGAAUGCCAAACUAAAGUUUACAGUUUUCUUUCCUCAAUUUUUUUUAAAUAAAAAAUGUAUUUGAUGUAAAAAAAAUAAUAAAAUAAAAAAAAAAACAAUUAUAAUAUAUAGGAUGAUACUUAUAUUGUCAUUACUCACAAUAACUCAAAAUAAUGAAAAGUAAUAAUGGAAUAUGAAAAUGUGAAUUAAUGUGGUUUAAGAUGUGGAUUAAAGAAAUUCAACAUAAACUAGUUGUUGGGGUAAAAAUCCAAAAACCACAUGGCAAUUCAGGUUUGCUAAAAGUAAAAACCAAUUGCUACAGCAAAAGCAGCUCUUCUUAUGAGUUCUAGUGAAUUUAAACCACAAAACAAAAGUCCAAAGCAAGAUCUAUCUUGGUCUUUGGUGGGGUUUGAAGAUACCUUAGUGUAAAUAAUUCAAAUUGCCCAAACACAGCAUUACCUAUUCACUGACACUUAAGGUAACCUUGCAGUUUUUGUCAAUUAAUGGCAGUUUUUGUUGUUGUGUUGAACUGUUUUAGAAUAAAAUAACGUACUUUUAUGUACCUUAUAUUAAACUAAAAAUGUCAGAACAACUUUCAAAAGCAGUUACGGUAUAGAUGAAACUGUAUAAUGUCAGCAAUAUCAAGGGGGUCAAAUAUGGUCUACUUAUUUUUCUCUCUGCACAGAGCUUGGGUAUGGAGUCAUGUCCUGUUUGAUAUAUGUGGCUUUAAUCAUUGCAACAUACAGUAUAUGUUGCAAAUAUGCUUUGUAAAUUGCUGGAGUAGCAAUAUGUUACAACACUUGACUGGGCGUCUCUUGGAGUGGCAGAUUUGUUUUACCACAGUGAAAAUUCUCGAAGUAUUUGCCACUGCUUUGGACAUUUAUUUUGUGUGUGUUUCCAUAAAGAACAGGAUAUAUUGAGGCUGUGUGUGGUUUUGUGUGUGGAUUUGAUAGAGUGUGUGUAUUUUGGGUCAAGGGGACUGUGUUUGGCUGUUAUCUUCUAUUUGUCUCCUAUACCUGUUGCCUUCUGCUGAGUCCUAACCAAUGCCUUUGUUUGUUGUACGUAUUGUACAAACUUUGUUGUAAUUUUUAAUUUUUAUGUGUAGUUUUCAGCAGCCUCGCCAUGCCAAUAAA